GUGGAGGGGGGUACCUCGUGGAUUUCAACUAAGGGAGCGUGUACACGAAAUCGAGACUGGCAGAUUCUUAGCCCGCUCCCUCUCUCCUCUAUGCGAUGAUGCUCCGAGUAUUUUUUUUUUUGCGCAGAGCAGCGCUCGUUAACUGCUGAUCGGAGAAGGCAGCCUCCCUCCUCCGUCCAUUCAUCCCUCGAGCGCCGUUUUGGUUUGCUUUUGUCCGACUGUCUGAACGCCCGGGCUAGCGAACUAGCUGGGCAGACACGGAGACACACACAGAGAGAGAGAUACAACACGCAAAUAUGCGCUACCGGGCGGCGAAUGCCUACCGAAAAGAUGGGGGGGAAGAGCAUCCGAUGGAUUCCACGGGCACGCCACAGCAGCCGCCCAAGGGAAACUACUUCCACGAUGGGAGGACAAAAAUUGAUUUUAUCUUGGUGUGGGAGGAGAAGGUGGGUGAGGCGAGGAAGCGAAGGGGGAGCCGGCGGUACCACGAGAUGGAGCGGCAGGACAUCGAGAAGCAGAUGGAGCGCGGCGGUGGCCAGGACAAGCAAGGACGGUGGCGUACCAAGUUCGUGAGCAACCUGGAGAAGUCGGGCUUACUCAUGGAGGAGGAGGUGACGGUGAGCGAAAGGAAGAACAUCCACUACAUGAAGCUGAGCGCCCCUUGGGACGUCCUCGUCUACUACGCCGAGGAGCUGUGCAUGCGUGCACCCCUGCAGGGAAGCCCAAACACGAUUGAGAAUUGGUCUGAGCGGUUGCUUGGGCGUCUGAAAAUCCCAAACAUUAUGCAAGAGGACAUCCCCAACCGCCCCCUGGGUUACUACACCUGCCAGUUCCGCAAGUCAAAGCUCAGCAGGUUCCUAGGGAGUGAGAAUCACGACACGUAUUUCACCAACACUCAGCGUCAACGCAUUAUGUACGAGAUCCUGGCGCGGACGGCCUAUGGCAAGCGCAAGAGAGCGGAAAUUGGCAUCGACCGACUGCUUAGCGAGGACGUCUACAGCGCAGCCUUCCCCCUGCACGAGGGCGUCUACGAGAAGCCAAACCAUGCCACGUCCCCCGAGCAGCUCAACCCACGCCAGAUCCUGUUCUUGUACUGGGCACGCUGGGGCUGCUGGUACAAGUACCAACCGCUGGACCACAUCCGAUCCUAUUUCGGCGAAAAGAUCGCCAUCUACUUCUCCUGGCUGGGCUUCUACACUGGCUGGCUGCUUCCCGCGGCCGUGGUGGGGACACUCGUCUUCCUCACCGGCCUCAUGUCCAUGAGCACCAACACUCCCGCGGAGGAGAUCUGCAGCAGUGGACACAAGUUCCUCAUGUGCCCGCUGUGCGACGCGUGCACCGUAUGGAAACUCUCCGACAUUUGCCCCAUGGCCAAGCUGGGCUACCUCUUUGACCACCCCGGCACGGUCUUCUUCAGCGUCUUCAUGUCCUUCUGGGCCGUCACCUUCCUCGAGUACUGGAAGAGAAAAAACGCCAUCCUCGCUCACCACUGGGACUGCAUGGACUUUGAAGAGGAGGAGGAGAGACCUCGGCCGGAGUUUGCGGCGAUGGCGCCGAGCAUGGAGCGGAAUCCCAUCACGGGAGUCAAGGAGCCAUACUUCCCCGAGCGAGACCGCCUCUCGCGCAUCAUCACGGGCACCAUGGUCAUCAUUCUCAUGCUGUCGGUGGUGAUGAUUUUCUUGGUCACGGUGAUUAUGUACCGUGGAAUCGUCAGUGUGGUCAUGUACAAGACGGGCAAUGCGGUGCUCAUGACCCAGGCAGCGAACAUCGCCAACAUCAGCAGCUCGAUGGUGAACCUGAUCCUCAUCCUGGUGAUGGGCCAAGUUUACUCGUCUCUCGCCGAGCAGCUCACCAAGUGGGAAAUGCACCGAACACAGACGCAGUAUGAGGAUGCCUUCACCUUCAAGGUUUUCGUCUUCCAAUUCGUCAACUUUUACUCCUCUCCGUUCUACGUGGCCUUCUUCAAGGGCCGGUUUGUGGGUUACCCUGGCCACUACAAGAAGCUGCUGGGCACCAGGAAUGAGGACUGCGGGCCUGGAGGAUGCCUCAUUGAGCUGGCGCAGCAGCUCAUCAUCAUUAUGGUGGGGAAGCAGGUGAUCAACAAUAUCCAGGAGUUCGUAUUCCCGAAGAUCAAGGCGUGGCUGCAGAAGCGCAAGCUGGCAGCGCUGCGCGGCUCGCACGUGGCGCCGGAGUCAAGCCGCUGGGAGGAGGACUACGAGCUCAUCCCGUGCGAGGGCCUCUUUGAGGAGUACCUCGAGAUGGUGCUGCAGUUUGGCUUCAUCACGAUCUUCGUGGCGGCGUUCCCCCUCGCGCCGCUCUUCGCGCUGCUCAACAACUGGGUCGAGCUGCGUCUGGACGCCCAGAAGUUUGUGUGCGAGUACCGGCGCCCGGUGGCCGAGAGGGCUCAGGACAUCGGGGUCUGGUUCAACAUCCUCGACGCCCUCGUGAACAUCUCCGUCAUCAUCAACGCUUUCCUCAUCGCGUUCACGUCCAACUUCUUGCCAAAGCUGCUCUACCAGUACACGUACGACAGGAACCUGCGAGGGUACAUCAACUUUACGCUGUCGUACGCUCCCGACGACUACGUUGUCAACAACUACACACACUGCAGGUACAAGGAUUAUCGAGACCAGGAUGGAAAGCACACCCUCUUUUACUGGAAGCUGCUCGCCAUACGCCUGGGGUUCAUCAUCGCGUUUGAGCAUGUAGUGUUCUUCAUCUCCCGCAUGAUCGACUGGCUGGUGCCCGAUGUUCCCGAGUCGCUGGAGAUCAAGAUGAAGAGGGAGCGUUACCUUGCCAAGCAGGCCCUGGCCGACAAUCAGGAGAAACUUCUGGUGGGGAGUUGAUGAUUCAAACCACACUAGCUCAGUCAUCUCGAAUUACUUAAUGGAUCACGACCCAGAUGACGACCAAUGAAACGGCCGGACGGUGCGUGAUGUUUUAAUUCGUUUUUGUCAAGGUCAAGUGAGAGGAAAACGGCGAGAUAAAAACAAAACAUGUUAUGGCAUCCGGCACAAAAGAAAUCUAAACUUUUAGUUUUACAAGUGAACAUCGCGAUGGUGUUAUAGAUCAUUCUCCGCGUGCCUGAAUGCCUAAUGCACCAAGAAGCAGGGCAGCAAUCAUUAGCCUUCUGGGAAAUGCUCUGCAUUCAUGAAUCGUGCUUAUAAUAUUUGUAUUUAUUUUACCCAGAUUGUGGUAUCGGCAUUCUGUCAUUAUACAAAAUAACCACUCGGAUCUCUCGCAGGAAAUUCAGAAACACACCCCCUGGUUUUAGAGAACGGCCAGCGGAGGUGGAUGUUAAACAACUACUUCUGAGAUGCUUCCAAGUCACCUCUGGUCCACAGGGGGCAGCAUUUCCCCCACCCACACUGGUGACUGGGCUGAGACUAUCCAUUCCUGUACAGACAGUCCUCGACUUACGAACGAGUUCCAUUCCUGACCCGUUCGUAAGUCGAGUUGUUCGUAAAUCAAGGACUGCCUUUACUGAAGGACCCGGUUUUAGUCGUCAGUGUUCCAGCAGUGGCCAAUACGUGGGUCGCGAUCCACCCGUGUGUCGCUAAAGAAUGUUGGUUGAUCUCAGGACAGAUCAGAACAAACCCUAACACGAGCAGCCAACAACCUCUCGUUACGGCUGACGGUCAAUAAAAAUCCCUAACUGAUAUUUCAUGAAUUCAAAAUGUAACAGCGUCUACCGCUAGAUGGCGAUAAGUAUCGUAUCAACCUGGAGCAAAUAUGAUAACAGUGAAAUGUUGAGCCACCUCUCCAUAUUAAUAUUUCAAAAAACGCAGCCUCCGAAUUCAAAGUGGCCCACACGUGCUACACUGCGGCAGGGCAGCAGAAAAGCAGUGCUUUGUACAAGAAACGUCAAAAAUCUCCCCUCGCCCCCUCCACUCCUUCCCGUCCCCUCCACUCCUUCCUGUCCCUCCCCUAGCCUCUCGUGAUCCCUAAGUACACAUUACCCCUUCUUUGGUUCUUUCGGUAAAGUCACGUAGAAUGAGAAUAAAAUAACACAAUAAAAUUCUCACGACGUUUCGG